AUGAAAAAUUACGCUGAGCAUUUAAAAUAUAUGGUUAAUUUUUUACAAAAUGAAGAAGAAUCAGAUAAUGAGGAAGAAAAAAGUAUAGAAAAAAAAAAUGGGAAAACAAAUAAAAUGAUAGAUAACGAACAUAUAAAAGAUACAAAGAGAAAAGGUUUUAUAAAAUAUCCAUAUUAUCUACAUAAUAAAAAAGAAAGAGCAUAUACAUUAGGUGCUAUCAAUGGUAUAGGUGAUAUUGAUAUAUUAAAAGCUCCUUUAAUGAAUCCAAUGAAGACAGAUGUUGUCCCUCCUAUAUUGCAAUUACCUGCUUCAACGAAUUUAAUAAAAAAUGUUCAUUUGAAAGUUGAAGGUAAUAUAAAUUUGGAUAAAUCAUAUAAAUAUAGGAAACAAAACAGUAAUAAGGAUAUCUUAAAUAAUAUUAAGCCUUUAUAUUCAUUACCUGAAAAGGUUAUGUCAUAUUGUAUGAACGCAAAUGUAAAUGCAGAUUAUAAGGAGAACAACAACAAUAUUAAUAAUAAUAAUAUUAAUAAUAAUAAUAAUAAUAUUGACAAUAUUAAUGAUAAUAAUUAUUAUAAGGAUGAUUGUCAUAAAAGGGUGAAUGAAGAAUUAAUCAAAAAUAACAAGGAACAUAACUCAAAUGAAAAAAAUAAUAUAAAUACAAAAGAUAAAAUGAAUUUAGAAUAUAUGGAUAUAUCUGAUAAUACCUUUAUAUCUAAAAAUAAUAUUCAGAUAUUACCAAAAGAAAAUGAGGUCGAAAUUUUAUUAAAAAAGAACUUACCAUCGAACGAAGAAAUAAUUAAUAUUUUAAAUGAAAAAAAAGAAAAUGAUAAAUUUGAUGAACUCAAUAAAAUAUGUAUUAAAAAAAAUAUAUAUACAAAGGAAUGUAAUAAUAAUAAUAUGACUAUCUAUAAAAAUGCGGAGAAAAUAAAUCCAUAUGAAACAAAAUUAAUUGAACGAAAACAAGAGGAAACUAAUGAAAAUAAUAUAUUUUGUAAGAAUCGUAAUCUUAUAAGAAAAAAUAUUUGUACAGAUAAUACAAAUAUGCUAAAAAAAAACAAUCCACAAGAAAUAAAAGACAUAAACAAAAUUAAUGAACAACUUAAAAUAUUCGAGCAAAAUCAAAUAAUGUCCCCAACUUUAAAAAAUGCACUUAAAAUGUUGUCGAAUGAUAUUUAUGUAUAG